AUGGGUUCAAUUGAAACUCUUGACAUCCACUCUGUUGGUCUCAGUGAACGUCCCUAUGCAUCACGUGAUCUCGCUCAGUUCGUCUGUAAGAUUACACAUCUGAAGGACCUGUCAAUCUACAAUCAGUUUCACGAUGACUUCUUCUCAACAUCGUCAUCGAUGGCAUCAUCUGCAAAGAGUUGUAACACGAGCCCCACCCUGACUGAGCUGACAGUGGAUUGUGACACACUAAAAGGAUGGCAGGAUUGUGGUUCGAUGUUUGACAAUGUGAAGAGGGUCACUAUACAGGUAGGGAGCAAGAUCAAAUGUGACGUCAUCCAGAGGAUCCAUCUACCAGGAACAACAGAACUCACUAUUCAAACACAUGAGAGUGCAGGUCUACCGGCUGGUUUCCACGAGGAGCCCACUUCACUACCCAAAGCCCUCCUGAUUAUCUCCCCUCAGUUUGUCAAGGUGACAUUCAGGGAUCUUGACAUUGGUAACAGUAAGAUGGAACUAAUCUUACAAGCUUUCAGAUCACCUCACAACCUCAAAUAUCUGAAGAUUAUCAGAUUCAUACGAUGCGGGUCAGAUGAGGGCGUGGAUGGUGUCAUAAUGGCUUGCAAUAAAGACCAGGUCAUGGAGGUGGAGGUGGAGCAUGGCAAACCACGUGGUGAUAAUUUCUUUUAGAUAUCAUAGAGAUGGUACCACACUCGAUCUGACGAAUCAGACGGAGCUGACAAUCUUUGCACUCAAACAGGAAUUGUGGGCUGAAAUGAAAAGUGCCUCAAACACAUCAUCGAACUUUUGCUUUUACCAUUGUCAUGCAAUCGAUUUCAUUAUUCAUGCAGUGAGUCCCGUUGACAUUCAUAUGAUAUAGACGGAUAUGUAUGCUUUACAUCGGUAUUGCAGCUCUUGUGAUUGUGAUUUUGAAUUUCAUUCUUAAUGUUACUCUCAGUGUUCUUGCAUCUAAUAUACUUUAAAGGGUGUUAAGUAGAUUUACACGGUGAAAAUAUAAAAAUAUCAUGA